AUGAACGAGAAGGCUAAUGUUUCCAAGGAGCUCAAUGCGAAACACCGAAAGAUUCUUGAAGGUCUUCUUAAAUUGCCAGAGAAUAGAGAAUGUGCUGACUGCAAAUCCAAAGGUCCGAGAUGGGCAAGUGUGAAUUUAGGUAUCUUUAUAUGCAUGCAAUGUUCUGGGAUCCACAGAAGUCUUGGGGUACACAUAUCAAAGGUUAGAUCUGCUACCCUGGACACAUGGCUUCCUGAGCAGGUUGCUUUUAUUCAAUCAAUGGGAAAUGAGAAGGCAAACAGCUACUGGGAAGCUGAGUUACCCCCUAAUUACGAUAGAGUUGGAAUUGAGAACUUCAUUCGUGCUAAAUAUGAGGAAAAGAGAUGGGUUCCUAGAGAUGGAAAAUCCCAAUCACCACCUAGAGGGUGGGAUGAAAGGGCUCCUCGUUGGCAGAGACCUAUGGAAAAAAGUGGGCAUGGGCACAUUAGUAAUUCUGAGAAUUCAUUUGAGGAAAGGAGGAACAUUCAAGCAUCUAGCAGAAAAGAAAGCCUUCCUGCAACAAGAAUUAGUCUUCCUGUUCCUCCCAAGGGACCUGAGCAGGUUACACCCAUCCAGAAGCCUGAACCAGUUGUUCAGAAAGCAGUACCAGUUGCUGCACCAGGUGAGGCAACAAAGCCAGCUGUAGAGACUGCUUCCACUGUCGCACCCCCUAAAGUCUGUUACGCUACAGACCUGUUCGACAUGCUCUCGAUGGAUGAUGGCCCAAGUGAAAAUGGGGCAGAGGCGGCUUCUACUGAUGAUAAUAAUUGGGCUGGUUUCCAGUCUGCUGGAGAAACUUCCACAACUAACAAAACCGACCCACCAAAAGCUGCUGAGAGUAAUUCCCAGUCAGCUACUGGGAUUGAGGAUUUGUUUAAUGAUUCACCUCCAUUAACUACCAACCAAGUCCCAGAGAAGCCCCAAAAUGAUGUGAAAAAUGAUAUUAUGAGCCUCUUUGAAAAGUCCAAUAUGGUGUCGCCUUUUGCGAUGCAUCAACAGCAACUAGCUAUGCUAGCACAGCAACAGUCUCUUCUCAUGGCUGCUGCUGCUAAAUCUGCUCCUGGAAGUACUCAACUGCCUGCACAGCAACUAGCUAUGCUAGCACAGCAACAGUCUCUUCUCAUGGCUGCUGCAGCUAAAUCUGCUCCUGGAAAUACUCAACAGCCUGCAUCCAACGGCUCAAGCAUACCCACUCAAACUUGGCCAAACAUCGGCUAUCAAAUCCCUGGAAUGAUGAUGCCAGUUGCCGGGCAGGCUGAUCUGCAGAAACUUAUGCAGACUAUGACAAUGGGACAGACACAACAAUUGGGAAACCCUGUUGCAUAUCCACCAUCCAGCUUUUAUGCAAUGGGGCAAGUUACGCCAACAAACGGUGUAGCGACCAGCGGAGCAACAAGCAAGCCCCAAUCGGCUUCCACCGUUUCAUCAGUGAAUUCUUCACAAGCAGGAAAGGAUUAUGAUUUUUCGUCAUUGACACAAGGGAUGUUCACAAAACAGUGAGUUUGGCUGGGGCAGGGUGAUGAUGAUUGCUGGCUUUGUCAUACUAUACCAAAAAUAGUUAUUUUACAGGGGCAACUUAGAGGUUUGGGAGGGUAUUUUCUCCUCUACCAGGUGGGGAGGGGGGAUUGUAAACUAUUUGUAGAUGCAGUUUUCAGUUUUUUUUUUUUAAUCCAUAUUUGGGUGAUGACUUCAUUUGUAUGAGUAGAUUUAUGCCAAGCAUUAAUAAAGAUGAGUUUAGAUUGAAUUGGAUUAAUCAUUCCUCAAA